GCUCCUUCCUCCACCCUCCACUUCCCGAUCAUCUGUUGAUCUUGGGCGGAACCCCGAAUGCCGGAGCCAUGUGCUACCAUGUAUUCCGUAGCCUAUGACUGAGUCGAUUUGUAUUCAAGCUGCCCUUUCUCUCGAUUACUGCACACCGCUGAUACACAUACAAAGCAAUAAGCACAAUGGGUCUUACACCAGUUCACUUUUUCAGCCAUGGCUCGACCAUGAUGCUCGGCGAGGAGUCUACCAGUGCUGAUUACUGGAAGAAAUGUGGUGAUGAUGCUUUGGCACAUGGGAUCAAGGGUGUCGUGAUGAUGGGAGCACAUUGGGAUGCUAGAGGCGACAAGAUUAUGGUCUCAGCCAACCCCAAGCCUGAGAAGAGUCCUGUGGCAUACGUCCACCCUUCAAAAUACCUCCACUACGAACUUAACCCUGAUCUACCCACUGCCGACCGUGUACUGGAUUUGCUCCUCAAGGCCGGCUUCAACGCAGAGAAGGACGAGAAGUUUGACUGGAUCCACGACACUUUCCUCAUUUUGAUCCGAAUGUUCCCCAAUGGCUGCCCUCCUACCACGAUUGUCAGCAUGAACGCAUACUACGACCCUCACUACCACAUGAAAGUCGGCUCAUCAUUGCGUUCGCUCAGGAAGGAAGGAUAUCUGAUUGUUGGUACUGGAGGUGCUGUUCACAACCUCUACCGCAACGUUUGGUGGCCCAUGGUCCAGCACAGAGACAACUUCGCUCAAGUCGCUCCUCCGGAGAAGUCUCUCUUGGAGUUCAGACAGGCUGUUGAGGACGUCAUGACACAAAACCAGGGCCCUGCUCUGCGAAGAGCCAUGACAAGGUUGAUGAAGCACUAUCACUACCGUGACGCUCACGGUACAGAUGACCAUUUCAUGGCAGCCUGUUUUGUAGCUGGUGCUGCAGGUGAUUGGGAAGACAUGGAAGAACAGGGCGGUGUCCUGGGUGCUGAGACAUGGGAGCUUCAAAACAUGUGCAACUCUCAGUUCACCAUCGGCAAUUGGCAAGGAAGCAGAGCUGUGCGGGCUGCAGCUUAAACAGAUGCUUAUGAGCGGAGUGUAAUUUGAUUUUAUGAUAUCCUGAGUUUAGCAAUCGAGAUGAUCUCCUUUUCAGCGC